AUGUCCGACCAGGUGCAAGAACUCCUUAACGUCCCUCGGGAAUUCCUCAAGGAUGGCAUGAUGUUCAUCAACCGAAGCCAGAAGCCCGACAAGCGUGAAUUCAUCAAGAUCAGCCAGGCUGUUGGUACGGGCUUUCUGGUCAUGGGUUUCAUCGGCUACAUUGUCAAGCUGAUCCACAUUCCCGUCAACAAUGUCCUCGUCGGUGGCGCAUAA